AUGGCGUCGGAGAAGGUGGAGACGAUCGUGGCGGGGAACUACAUCGAGAUGGAGCGCGACGUGGGCGGCGACGGUGGAGACCAUGGCGACCAACCUGGCGGCGACGCGGCGUCGUCCGGGGCUAGAGGCGGCGGCGGCGGCGGCGGCAAGAAGCUGGCACUGUCGAGCCUGUUCUGGCACGGCGGGUCGGUGUACGACGCGUGGUUCAGCUGCGCGUCGAACCAGGUGGCGCAGGUGCUGCUGACGCUGCCUUACUCCUUCUCGCAGCUCGGGAUGGCGUCCGGGUUGGUGUUCCAGCUCUUCUACGGCCUCAUGGGCAGCUGGACGGCUUACCUCAUCAGCGUCCUCUACGUCGAGUACCGCACCAGGAAGGAGCGUGAGAAGGUCGACUUCAGGAACCAUGUCAUCCAGUGGUUUGAGGUUCUUGAUGGGCUACUGGGGAAGCACUGGAGGAACAUCGGCCUCUUCUUCAACUGCACUUUCCUCCUCUUCGGCUCCGUCAUCCAGCUCAUCGCAUGUGCAAGCAACAUCUACUACAUCAACGACAAGUACGACAAGCGGACGUGGACGUACAUCUUCGGCGCCUGCUGCGCCACCACCGUGUUCAUCCCCUCCUUCCACAACUACCGGAUCUGGUCCUUCCUCGGCCUCCUCAUGACCACCUACACCGCAUGGUACCUCACAAUUGCCGCCAUCGCCCACGGUCAGGUGGAAGGUGUGACGCACUCGGGCCCAAGCAAGAUGGUGCUCUACUUCACCGGGGCCACCAACAUCCUCUACACAUUUGGAGGCCAUGCUGUCACUGUGGAGAUCAUGCACGCGAUGUGGAAACCGCAGAAGUUCAAGCUCAUCUACCUGGUGGCCACGCUGUACGUGCUGACGCUGACGCUGCCGUCGGCCUCCGCCGUCUACUGGGCCUUCGGCGACAUGCUCCUCGACCACUCCAACGCCUUCUCCCUCCUCCCGCGCUCCGGCUUCCGCGACGCCGCUGUCAUCCUCAUGCUCAUCCACCAGUUCAUCACGUUCGGGUUCGCGUGCACGCCGCUCUACUUCGUGUGGGAGAAGCUGAUCGGCGUGCACGAGACGGGGAGCGUGGCGCUGCGCGCCGCGGCGCGGCUCCCCAUCGUGGUGCCCAUCUGGUUCCUGGCCAUCAUCUUCCCCUUCUUCGGCCCCAUCAACUCCACCGUGGGCUCGCUGCUGGUGAGUUUCACCGUCUACAUCAUCCCGGCGCUGGCGCACAUGGCCACCUUCGCGCCGCCGGCCGCCAGGGAGAACGCAGUGGAGCGGCCGCCGCGUGGGAUCGGUGGCUGGGCCGGGAUGUACGCCGCCAACUGCUUCGUCGUGGCGUGGGUGCUCGUCGUCGGCUUCGGUUUCGGCGGCUGGGCUAGCACCGUCAACUUCGUCCGCCAGGUCGACACCUUCGGCCUCUUCACCAGGUGCUACCAGUGCCCUCCGAAGCACUGA